AUGUCCACUGGCGGCAGGUUCAACUUUGACGAUGGGGGGUCUUACUGUGGCGGGUGGGACGAAGGCAAGGCCCACGGCCACGGCAUCUGCACGGGGCCCAAGGGCCAGGGCGAGUACGCCGGCGCGUGGAGCCACGGCUUCGAGGUGGUGGGCGUGUACACCUGGCCCAGCGGGAACACCUUCCAGGGCACAUGGGCGCAGGGCAAGCGCCACGGCCUGGGCGUGGAGAACAAGGGGAAGUGGGUGUACAGGGGCGAGUGGACGCACGGGUUCAAGGGACGCUACGGGGUGCGAGAGAGCACCGGCGCCAGCGGCAAGUACGAGGGCACGUGGAACAACGGGCUGCAGGACGGAUACGGGACGGAGACCUACUCGGACGGGGGUACCUACCAGGGCCAGUGGGUUGGCGGGAUGCGACACGGCUACGGCGUUCGCCAGAGCGUUCCGUACGGCAUGGCCGCAGUGAUCCGCUCUCCGCUCCGCACCUCCAUAAACUCCCUGCGCUCGGAGCACAGCAACGGUACGGCGGGCACCCCGGGCACCGGGGGCGGCAUCAGCCCGGCAGCGUCUCGCGGCGGCUUCGUGCUGACGGCGCACAGCGAGGCGGAGCUCCUCAAAGCCAAGAAGAAGGGUCUCUUCUUCCGGCGCUCGCUGCUCAGUGGCCUCCGGCUGCGCAAGUCCGAAUCCAAGAGCUCGCUGGCCAGCCAGCGCAGCAAGCAGAGCUCGUUCCGCAGCGAGGCCGCCAUGAGCACCGUCAGCUCGGCCGCGUCCGACGUCAACUCCACCAUCAGCCUGGGCGACACCGAGGCCGAGCUCCUGCCCACCAGCCCGAACGCCAACGACGAGGCUAACGACGACGACGCCGUGGACGCGACGGCCACCGAGAGCUACACGGGCGAGUGGAGGAACGACAAGCGCGCGGGCUGCGGCGUGAGCCGGCGCUCGGACGGGCUCUGCUACCAGGGCGAGUGGCUGGGCAAUAAGAGGCACGGCUACGGUUGCACAACCUUCCCCGACGGCACCAAGGAGGAAGGGAAGUACAAGCAGAACACCCUGGUCAGCGGGAAACGCAAGAACCUCAUCCCGCUGAGGGCCAGCAAGAUCCGGGAGAAGGUGGACCGCGCCGUCGAAGGCGCCGAGAAGGCGGCGGAUAUCGCUAAGCAGAAGGCGGAGAUCGCUCUGUCAAGGACGGCUCAUGCGAGAGGGAAGGCCGAGGCGGCGGCGGCGGCGGCACAGAAAGCUCAGGACGAAUCCAGACUGGCCAGAAUCGCGGCAAAAGAAUUUUCACCUUCGUUUCAACAUCGAGGAAACGGCGUGGAGUGCGAGCGGCCGAAGCAGACGAACCUGAGCGACAACGACGUGGAGCUGAUGUCCAGCGAGACCCCGGACAGCACCGAACUCUACAUGAAGGGCUCCACCCCUCCAGAACUGACCCCGGACGCCAGCCCGGGUCCGAGCCCCAGCCACAAAUCCCGGGCCAGGCCCAAGAACGCGCGUUUCCUCCGGCAGAGCGCGGUGGACGACGAGAGGGGCGGGGCCUCCGAGAUACAGGUCCUGGUGGAGGGGCGUAGCCAGGGGAGGCCGAGCGGAGGCGCGGAGGAGCACGCCAGGACGACCAACGCCAACGGGCACCGGCACUCCUCGUCGAAUCACAAGCCGUCGCGGGAGCACGCGUCGUCCAAUCACAGGCGGGAGAGGUGGGCGGAGUGGACUUCGCACCGGACGCACUCGCGCCUGCUGGAGCAGGACGAGGAGAAGCUGAGCAACUACGAGAUGGAAAUGCGGCCGCUGCAGCCCAUGGACUCCAACUCUCAGAAGGCGUACGGGCACGGGGAGGAGCGCCACAGGGGCAAAAAUCGAGGCAAAAAUCGGGACCGGGAUAAGGACAGGGAGAGAGAGAAAGAGGACACGGGACACGCCAACCUGGACUCGGUGCAAAAGCUGGACAGUCUCCGUGCGGGGGAGAACCUGGAGGCUCGGCCUCUGCGCAGGGACCUCACGCUUUCACCCCCCAAAAAAUCCUCACCCAUUGCACUAGAACCCGACAACAAGAAUCACAAACAGAUCAAAGCCAACGCGGGCUCCAGCUCGAUUCUGGUCAUCUUGGUGAUUUUGCUGAACAUCGGAGUCGCUGUUUUGUUUAUUCACUUUUUUAUUUAAGACUCUUGUUAUUUCUCUUGGAUGAAAUUCUUCUUAUUUAUCUUAUUUAUGCUCUUAUGAAUCAGUUAUGGAUGAUCAGUUUUGCGGUCUCUGCUAAUCCCGAUCUGAUCGAUGGAAGCAUGAAUCACGGACAGAGGAACGUUCGGGUUUAACAUGUUCUCUCCCAGUUUUUCAUCGUUGGCAUUCAUUUUAAUAUAUUAUAAUAUUAUAAGAUACGCUGGGUUUUCUUUUUGUUGACUGGGCACAUUUUCCAUGUAUUUUUAUGUUUUUCGGCUGGUGGACUAAACGAGUGGUGGCAGCGGGAGACGUAGUGCGCAUGCGUGUGUGUGUGUGUGUGUGUGUGUGGUGGCAUGAACAUCAUUCAUUAAAAUAUUCGUGUUGAUGUUAAAACGGGA